AUGCAGCACCCUGGUGGUGACGAAGUCCUUCUUACCGAGGCUGGCAACGAUGCCACGGAACCUUUCGAGGAUGUCGGUCACUCUGAAGAUGCUCGUGAGCAGCUCAAGACAUUCUACAUCGGCAAGCUCGCUGAUCCCGAAAACCUGCCAAAGAGGGCUGGCAAGGCGUCGGACUUGAUGGCCCAAAACUCGGGAAGCUCUGCGUACUUGCUGGUGGUCGCUGCCGUUGUCGCUGUGGUGGCCUACUUCGUGUUGGUCCGCAACAAGUAA